CCAACCAAUUCCGGGUCCGGAUCCUAAAAUUUUGACCGGGUACCCGGUUUGCUAACCCCUAACUGAAAAAUAUAAUGCAUUCGGCUUCAAGCUGCUUCAAAUUAUGUUGAGUUAUUUGGAUUGGAUUAGUUUUUAACAUCUCUACAUAAUCAAAUAUAAACAUCAAUCCACGUGGCUCCCUGCUGCCAUGUUGUCCAAUCAACUUAUAACGUAUGAUUACACUCAUAUUUCCACUUAUCGUCCUUGAACAGAAAAAACUCAUGAUUUCUUUCUUCCUUCCUUUCCUAAAAUAAAAACAAAAAUAAAAUAAAAAAUUGCCAAGAAUUUCAACAAUGGCUGAAACUGCAGUAAUCCCUAAUCACAAUUUUCCAGGUAUAAUUCACAUUAAUGCUCAAUUAAGUGAAAAACAAGGAAGCAGGGCGUUUCUAGCGUGCCAUGCAGUGAGCAAAUUCAAGUCACAGCAGCCAAUCAGAUUCAAGUGCCAGGCUGUGAAUCAACGCCCUUCAACUUACACUUCCCGGAAUUCCACUGAUAUUCCCUUUUACGAAAAUCCUGGGGCUACAUUUGAUCGGUAUUUAGAGGAUAAACCCAGAGUUUUUAGAGCAAUUUUUCCGGAUAAAAAAAGAUGCCAACAAAUUAAUGAGGGAGAAUGGAGAGUACACAUGCUACCCAUACAGUUUUUCUUCUUUACUGUAUCGCCUGUUGUAGACAUGAGGUUAAGGUGUAUAACAAAUGGCAAAGAUUAUCCAUCAGGGAUUCCACCUGUCAUCUCUAAAGUUCUUGAGCUUGACAUUGUGAGAUGGGAGCUUCAAGGGCUAGAUAAUGUGGUGGAACCAGAUCAGUUUAGUCUCAGUGUUAAUGGAAUUUUAUAUUCAGAUAGACGAGGGGUAAGAAGCAGAUUGAAGGGUCAGUUGGAGAUGAAAAUAAGUGUUAUUCUCCCGCCAGUUCUCGCCAUGGUCCCUGAAGAUGUUCUCCGAGGUGUCUCAGAAGCGGUGCUGAGGGGACUUGUUGAGAACAUGAAAGACAAGGUCAACAGCAAUUUGAUAACUGAUUACAGUAAAUUCCGCAGAGAGCAACAAUUGAACCGAGUCUAGCUUGUAGAACUGAGAAAAGAUAUCAUUGUGUGAAGUGGACAAUCUGGGAAAUCACCAGCUAUGCACAUUGUAGAUUAACCCCUCCCCCUGUUUUCUUUUGUCAAUUUCGAGUUUUGUAAAGCAGAACAAGUUUCCAGUUUGUCUAAGAGUUGAAAAUCAACUUCAUUUAAGCACGCGCGAAUGAUAUCUUGUAUAUUGGUAAUCGUCCUCUCCAAUAGUAUCUCGUGUUUAAACAUGUUCAAGGCUUCCUGUAUUAUAAUUUCACUAAUCAUGCAACAAUAUGAUGCCGACAAUUUUGAUGGCGCUGGUUA